UGUUUCUUCUCGUUUCUUGUGCAGUGACUGGAUUCGUAAAUUCCUCUAACAUAUUUUGCUGAAAAUUCUGUGAAAAUGGCUACUGUCGAGGAGUUGAAGAAGAAGGUAAAAGAGCUGGAAGCGAAGCUAGCCGCUUGCCAGGGAAAUGUGGGCCCAGCGAGGGAGAAAAUCCAAGUUAUGUCGUCUGAAGUAGUCGACUCCAACCCUUACAGUCGUUUAAUGGCUCUCAAGAGGAUGGGCAUAGUGGACAACUACGAGAAGAUCCGUGAGCUCUCUGUGGCCGUGGUGGGAGUGGGUGGGGUGGGCAGUGUGACAGCUGAGAUGCUGACUCGCUGCGGUAUUGGAAAGCUCAUCUUAUUUGACUACGACAAAGUGGAGCUAGCGAACAUGAAUCGUCUGUUCUUCCAACCGCACCAAGCAGGGCUCAGCAAGGUGGACGCUGCGGCAGCCACGCUGCAGUCCAUCAACCCAGACGUGGCCAUUGAUGCGUACAAUUACAAUAUUACUACUGUUGACAACUUCCAGAAGUUCUGUGACACUAUCAGAACAGGCAGCCUGACCGGUGGCCCAGUGGACCUGGUGCUGAGCUGUGUGGACAACUUCGAGGCACGCAUGGCCAUCAACACGGCUUGCAACGAACUCAACCAGAAGUGGUUCGAGUCAGGCGUCAGCGAGAACGCUGUGUCCGGACACAUACAGUUCAUAGUGCCCGGGGAGACUGCUUGCUUUGCUUGUGCUCCACCACUGGUUGUGGCAUCGAAGAUCGAUGAGAAAACAUUGAAAAGAGAAGGUGUGUGCGCCGCCAGUCUGCCAACUACCAUGGGGAUUGUAGCAGGUUUCUUAGUACAAAAUACACUGAAGUAUCUCUUAGAAUUCGGCACAGUUAGUCACUAUUUAGGAUAUAGCGCACUUACAGAUUUCUUCCCAUCAAUGGCAUUGAAGCCCAACCCUCAAUGCGACGAUAGCUUCUGCCGCGCGCGCCAAGUGGAAGUGCGCGCGCGGCCCGUCGUAGAAGUCGCAACUGAAGUCAAGGAGGACGUCGCGCCCAUCCACGCCGAUAACGAUUGGGGCAUCUCGCUCGUGGACGAGAAUAACCCUGAGGAUGACGACAACAAUCUGAACCUGGUUGAUGGUGUGCAGGUGGCAUACAGUAUCCCCGUUGAUAACAGCACACCAGAAUCAAGCACCGGAGGAGCGGUGGCCGCCUCAGAAUUAUCGCUCGAGGAGCUCAUGCAGCAGAUGAAGUCCAUGUAAACAUAUCACGACCGAGGCAAAGGUACGUUGUAGGUUGUUGUAUGAAGUGGCCAAAAUGCUUGGUGCCGAUACUAAGCAGAAAAAAAAAUACAAAUCACAAUGGAUUUUGAUCUUUGACUCUAAGGGGUAAGGUUUGAAAUCAAUUGUGGAAUGUUUUAUUUUGUGGUAGGCUAGCCAAUGUGACAAUCCGAAGAGUUUUUUGUGUAAAAUCAUAUUUGAUUUGCUUUUGCCCAUUUUUUUGUCUGGUUUGAAUGUUCAUUUACUGACGCCCAGAAAAAUCCAAAAAAAUUUUUUUUGAAUAAAUAUUACGGGCUAAAUAAUACAAACGAUUGUCACUGCGCACUGCAUUGCUCUCUGAAACCUUUAAACGAACAUACUAAACUGGACUUCAGUUAUUUAUGUUACAUCAAAUUGUCCGAUUUUGUCAACAAACGUAAAAAAAAGUACCACGUAAGAGUCAGAGACGUUUUGUAACGAGCUAUUUUAGCGUUAUUCUGAAUGCCAUAAAAAGUGCAAUAGUUUUCUACUUACGCGCUUACACUACUAUGGCAAUAUCGUAUUAUAUAAAAAAUCUGUCAUCUCAUGGCAAAAUAUGUAAUAUAUUUGAGACAAGGAAUAUUGUUAAUUAAUUUUAAUUUGAACUAAACUUGUAAAAAGCACAAACUUCCAUUAUGCAUUUUAUUUUUUACGUUCACAAAUGUUUCAUUAUUUCACUGUGUUAAAAACCGGCCUUAAACUAAUUUAGAAUUAAAAAUAUACACCUCUUAUAUCUCAAAUUAUUAGAAGAUAAAAGUCACAAAACAGAUUAAACAAUGUCAAAUUAUUUAAUAAUUUAUUAAUAAACAUAACACGAAACGAAAAGUUGAUAUGAAAUCAUUCCAGCAAAUUAGUUAUAAGCAUAUUUUAUCUGAAGUAAUGUAUGUGAUUGUUUUUGAUAUAUUUUGAAAUUUUAUAUAAAUAUUUAUUGUUGUUAAGCUAAGCUACGUAUCGUAUACUUGUAUUGGUGCGAAUUUUGUCGAACGAUUAAAUGUCUUCUGCGAGAA